CCAACACAUUAGUCCCAAUCACAUUCACAUUAUUUAUACUCUCUCUGUCUCUCUCUCAACUCAUCGACUGUUUGUGAGUUACGAAAAUUUAAUCAACAAAAUUCGAUCUUCGAAAAAUCAGCGAAUUUUGAUAUUGGAAAAAUGUCAGGGAAAGGAGCAAAGGGAUUGAUAAUGGGGAAAACAGCUGCAUCAAAUAAGGAGAAAGAAAAGGAAAAAAAGAAACCCACUUCUCGUUCUUCUCGUGCUGGCCUUCAGUUUCCAGUUGGGCGUAUCCAUCGUCUGUUGAAGGAGAGAACCAACGCCAAUGGGAGAGUAGGCGCCACUGCAGCUGUCUACUCUGCUGCAAUCUUGGAGUAUCUGACCGCGGAGGUAUUGGAGCUGGCUGGAAAUGCAAGCAAGGAUUUGAAGGUGAAACGUAUCACCCCAAGACAUUUGCAACUAGCUAUUCGUGGUGACGAAGAACUUGAUACUCUGAUCAAAGGAACUAUUGCUGGAGGAGGUGUUAUACCGCACAUUCACAAGUCGCUUAUCAACAAAUCUUCUAAGGAGUAAUGAAAGCGUGUGCGCUACGGCUAGUCUAUUUCCUUUUUGGAGAAAUAUUCCUUUCUGGAAACUUAAACCAUUUGGUUUUGGUGUCUGCAAAUGCAUAGACAUAGAAUUGUUAUGUUGGCAUAUUCCAUCAUGGUUCUCCUUAGGUAUUCUUGACACUAAACAUUUAAUGUGAUUGCGCGAUUCCUUCGUA